AUGUCUACUACUAAUAAACCCCGUGUUUCUAUUGAGUAUUGUCCAAAAUGUCGUUGGAUGAUGCGUGCUGCUUGGAUGGGUCAGGAGUUAUUAACUACAUUCGAAAACGAAAUCGGAGAACUUGCUUUAAUACCUGGUGAUGCAGCUGUUUUCAAGGUGACGGCAAAUGGUGUGGUUGUAUGGGAUCGUAAAGAAGAAAAGGGAUUCCCUGAAUUAAAAGAAUUGAAACAACGUGUACGUGAUAUCAUCGCACCAAACAAAGCACUGGGUCACUCUGAUAAAAAGAAACAAGAGGACUGCAAGACAUGUCCUAGUAAUUAA